GACCGGAAGUGGCUUCAUACGCGGCCGCAAUUUGCUGGGUGCACUUCCGUUAGCAGCGGCGGGAACUGGGUUAGUGGCGGGCAGCUAGGCCUCGGAGGAGGCGAAUCCGGCGCGAAUCCGAUCCAUCAGGGCCGCCACCAUGACGGUCGGCAAGAGCAGCAAGAUGCUGCAGCACAUUGACUACAGAAUGAGAUGCAUUCUGCAAGAUGGCCGGAUAUUCAUCGGGACUUUCAAGGCUUUUGACAAACAUAUGAAUUUGAUCCUCUGUGAUUGUGAUGAGUUCCGGAAGAUUAAGCCAAAGAAUUCCAAACAAGCAGAAAGGGAAGAGAAGCGAGUCCUUGGUUUGGUGCUGCUUCGUGGGGAAAACCUGGUUUCAAUGACAGUAGAAGGACCACCUCCUAAAGAUACUGGAAUUGCCCGAGUGCCACUUGCGGGAGCUGCGGGCGGCCCAGGAAUUGGCAGGGCUGCUGGCAGAGGAAUUCCAGCUGGUGUUCCCAUGCCUCAGGCCCCUGCAGGACUUGCUGGACCAGUCCGUGGGGUUGGUGGGCCAUCCCAACAGGUUAUGACCCCCCAAGGAAGAGGUACUGUUGCAGCUGCUGCAGCUGCUGCCACAGCCAGUAUUGCAGGGGCUCCAACCCAGUACCCACCUGGCCGUGCGGGUCCUCCUCCACCUAUGGGCAGAGGGGCACCUCCUCCAGGCAUGAUGGGCCCACCUCCUGGCAUGAGGCCUCCCAUGGGUCCUCCAAUGGGGAUUCCGCCUGGCCGAGGGACUCCAAUGGGCAUGCCCCCUCCGGGGAUGCGGCCCCCUCCCCCAGGGAUGAGAGGGCCCCCUCCCCCGGGAAUGCGCUAGACUCAUCUCGGCCCUCAACUCCCUGCGUGUUUUCCGAAAGGCUGUACAUAGUCCUUUUAUUUCUGUGGCUUCUGAAACUGGUUUAUAAUAAACACUUAAGAGAA